AUGUUGGAGACGAAAAUAGGAAACGUCGCAAAGAUUGACUUAUUACUCAAUCAGGCCCUAAUUAGAUCUAUUUCCUCCCGGCCUUCUCUCUCAAACUCUCCCCCUCUCCAUCUCCUCCGAUCUGCCCUCGCCGUUGCCGUCGCCGACCGCCGCCCACCGCCGCCGUCUGCUGCUGAGCCGUCGCCGACAUCCGCCCGCCCGCCGCCGCCGUAUGCUGCUCACCCGUCGCCGACAUCCGUUCGCCCGCCGUCAUCCAGCCGUUGCCCCCAAUCUCCGCUGCCGAUCCUUUGCCGUCGCAGCCGUCCGCCGCCAGCCCUCCGCCGUUGCCGACAGCCCUCCGCCGUCCGCCGCCAGCCCUCUGCCGCUACUCCUCCUAUUUCAAGCAUUGAUGCGUUGAGGGAAACCGGACCAUCUAUUAGUGAGGAAGGAGAGACAGAGCCGUAUAACGGGACAGCAACUCCUGAACAACUUCUCAUUUCGGCUGAUUUGGAGCGAGUUUAUGACGAGACCAUGCGUGAUGGAAGUGACGAAAGCACGGCCAACUCGACUGCAAUUGAAAAGGUUUUGGGAAAGAGUAAAGGCCUUGGAAUUAAAAGUUCAAGCACAAGGAUUGGAAAGUCGAGAUUUUCUUCGACUCCAUCAGACGUGGAGAUUCAACUGGAGAUUCAAAUGAAGGCAAUGCAAGAACAAAUGCAAAUGAAAGACGAACAAGUGAAUCGAUUGGAACAACAAUUGAACGAAAACCGAGAAACAAAUAAAGUUAAAGAUGAAAAAGUUGAUCGAUUAGAACAGCAAUUGCAGGAAACCCGAGCUCUUUUGAACAACUUGCUCGAGCGUUUUAAUGGUGGAGUAUAAAAACGAGAUGAAAUUAGUGUGCCUCUUGAACUAAUACAUUUAUGGUUUCAAGUUUUUAUGUAAUUUUUGAAUUGAUGUU